UCAGUGUACUUUUGGAGAAACAUAUAAUUAUGUGGUUGAAGUGGUAAUGUGUUGAAACUGUGUGAUGAAAAAGGCUUCAUGAUACAUAGAGUGUGAGUCAAUGUUAUUGCAAAAUCCAUAUUGGACGAGUACAUGGCAAACCACACAGCUCAAUGACAACUUAAACUUAACAACAGCAUGGAAAGCACUGUAAUUAGUUCCAGGACACUUUUGUUAUAUAACAUUUGAUUUGAGUUUUUAAAACCACAUAGUAGAAAUGAGUAUUAGUUUUUGUUACAAUGUCAUCUUUAAAGGGGUACUCCAGCUCUUCAGUAUUGGAUUUCCAUAAAGUUGAGGCUGAAGGCUGAAGAGUUUAGCCCCAACCAACCUUAAAGAUUUCUACAUCACCUCUGACACUGUCACCCACAGUCUGUCUCAGAAACACAGCAACACUAAUAGAGGUAAAGAAUCCCGAGGAAUACUCAUAUGGAAUAAAUCUGAAAUACAUAAGCAAAAUGACCCCCUAAAAUGGACAAAUAUUACGUGUGGAAGGAAAAGCAUUUAUGUGUUGUGCAAAAUACAGGUGCAUCUUAAAAAAUUACAAUUUGGUGGAAAAGUUUAUUUUCUUUCGUAAUUCAAUAACCGAAACUUUCAUAUAUUCUAGAUUCAUUACACAUAAAGUGAAAUAUUUCAGCUCUUUUGUUGAUUAUGGUUUACAGCUCAUGGAAGUCAAAACUCCAGUAUCUCAAAGCUAUUACAACUUUAGAAUAAAGGAAUGUCGACCUGAGAAGACCUCUACUGAGCUGAAUAACUGCACCUGCAAAUGUUUAAUCUCUCAGUCUGGUUCUGGUGCUCUCAAUGAACUCAUCCAUCCAUCCAUGUUCAAGCGCUUAUCCCGCGUACCGGGUCGCGGGUGAACUUUUCCAUGAUAUUCUAUUUUUUUUAGAUAGACCUGUAUACGAGUGAGCCAUAACGGAGAUUGACACAGCAACCACAAGGAAUGCUGGAAGCUCAGGUUCACUCCCACUGCAAUGUUACAUUGUUAUUUUUUAUCAGUUUGCCGUUGAACUAAUCCAUGAUCUUUGCCUGAUAACGUUACCCCGAUAAGGUUGGAUCCUACCCUUCUCCUGGUGUCUGGGGCCCGUAAUAAACUCGGGUGGCACCCAACCUGAGUGUCCUUCUCCAAUCAUAAUUAAACCUGUAAUUACAUUUUAUUGUGACAUGGUCCCUGUAUGAUACUUUUGUUUGGAUAACCUGCCUGCACACUGACUCUUCACGAUACAUUUAUUUCAUGAGCUUCCCCCUACGUGCCUUAUCUGUAUUACUCUCAUUCUCUGUGAAUGAAAAUUGUACUAAUCUUCACUUUAAUUAAUUAAAGUCAUGAUUUCAGUGAUGCUUUCAACAAGUUCUCCGUUGUAAGUCAUGGAUCAGGAUCUAGUCAUUCACAGGAUGGCCAACGUACUUCUCAAAAGUAGUUUCUACCAUCAAAUAGUAAGGGGAAGUACUGGGCACUGCUCAGAUAAAUAGGUGUACUCAAACAAGCAUAGUGCUCAGAGACUGAAUCAUGUGUACUAGCACCAGGGUACUACUUGUGUACGUACGCAGUUUACAUGUACCACUGUGAAUAUCUGCAAACAUUUAGCAUCAUUUAAAGAGCAGCCUUUUUCAAUUUUGUCUCUCCGAAUGUCAAGCUGAUGAAUUAGCAAAAGUGUUUCUUAUAAUAAAGCAGUGCAUGGAAACCAAGACCACAGUAAGACUAGUACCAUAUUGUAAUAUGAUGGUUCAGAAUUUAGAUUAGAGUAACGCUUUACAGUACAGUACACAAACCUGUGAGCAGUUACUAAGAAUAAAAAUUGCAUAAUUUAACAAUUGUUGAUUAGUAGUUCAUGCAUAAUUCCAAACUACAGCAGAUAAUGAUGAGUUACUUUGAAUUAAAGAAUCAUUAGAUAUCGAUGAGUUCAUAGUUACAUGUGAAUUGACACGCUGACCAUUUUCUUAAAUUUAAUUACUAAACAAAUGUUGUUGUAAUCUGUUACAGUUACUGGGGAAAGAUUAAUUCAAUUGUGCCUGAUUACAUUUGGGGUUUCAUCUGAAUAUUUUUUUGGCUUUAUGUUGAAUAAUAUUGAUUUUGUUGCUUUGCAUGUUUUUCAUGUGCACAAUGUUUGAUGAUGCAUAUUCAUGCAUAUAUAUCUGUGUAUUCACAGCACAUAUUCAUUAAUAUUCACAUCAUAUAUAGAUAAAUUGGACUUCCAAAUACACAGCUCUUACUAUGAUAUUGUAACGAAGGAACUGUUUGCUGCAGAGGUUGAUUAGCAUAAGUGGUUGUGCCUGAUGAGAACUUUGUGAAUGAUGUGAUGAAAGGGGAAAGUUAUAGUACUGUAUGAUUUAAUGCCUCUGUAAUAUGUUAGUAAUGUAACUUUCAUGUGUACACACUGUACAGCAAGCAGCUAUGUAAUAUGCACAGUGUAGAAGAGGAAAAAGUGUUCUGUGGUAGAUGGUCAGAAUUCAGUAGAAUCAGAUAAUGGGAAGUGAAAAUAAAUCCCUGUAGCCGCAGCAGCGGUCACUGUCCAAGGUGGCACCAGUGCAACUAUGAAGUGUGUGGGAUGAACAUAGUUGUGUGUGGAUGUUCGUGUGUUUUGGGGAUGUAGUCUUUGCUAGUGAUGAUGUACUCGGGAAGUGGAGGGGGUACUGGAGAGAGAGAGGGCUAUUGUUAGGAUAACUAUGGUGACAGCUGCAAGAAAAAGGAUGUCCCUGAGUCUGUUUGCUCCUGUAACACCAACAUGUGCAAACAGUUCUUGGUUUAUUGAUUCAAGAACAUGAUUAUUUCAUGUUGUGACUGCAAGUAUUUCUGGUCAUGUUGUACUGUAAUGUACUGUAUCAUCACAGAUGGGACUGAACUCAACUCGGGAAAGAAAAUAAGAAGAAUUACAUUUUUAUUUUUAAAUGUAUUGUUCAUUUAACCUAUUUUUAAACUUAUUGAGAAACAAAAGUCCUGUUUAACAGCGUGUAGAGUUUACAUACAACAACAAACAAACAGAAACUCUGCUUCCAUUUAUUUUUUACAUAUAAUCUGUGGAUUUCCCUUCCAUUUUGACUUCAAACCGAUAAUGAAGGCAAAAGUUUUGUAUCUCUGUUUUUGUAUCUCUGCAAGUCUUCACACAGCGUACGGCCACAGUCUGUCUCCUCAUUGUGAGCAGAAAUCUCCUAGAUGAAAUCUGAGUACUUGUAAAUGUUCAACAAACUGAAUCGUGGGAAGAAAACCACAAACCAUUACAAAUACUCUAAUAGGCAUUUUGUGGACAGCUACAAGUAUUGUUCAUGUUUUAAAAAAUGUAUACAGUUUUAUUUUCUAUAUUUAUAUUUCUAUAUUUAUUUUCUUAACAUGACUGUUUUAAUAAUGUUUCAAAGCCUUCUUCACUCUGACAGGAAUAAAAUGAUGGGGGAGACCAUGCUUGUAAGUAUUUAAAGAUGGUGCUUGGAGACUGUUGGCUUAUUAACUUGUUCAGAUUUGAUAUUUGGUGAUUUCAAUCCCAAAGAAUUUCUAAUUUAUUUCUAAAAAUAAAAGGCCUUUUAUUUUAUUCCAAAAAUUUUUUUUUUUACCUAUAAUGAAUUGGCAAUUUGGUAUAUUUUCUUAAAUUGACAAUAUAGUAGGAAAGGUUUAGAUUUAGUUUUGCAUGGCCAAAUCUUACAAUGAAUUUGAUGUAGGCUAAUUCCUAGAGAAAGACCAAGAACCACCAAGAAUCUGGACAAAAGGUCAAUUAUUGAUUUCUUGAUAUUGAUUUUGAAAUAUGGGCUACCUGCUGCUGGUAAGUCAUGUUUUUUUUUAUUCUAUGUAAUGUGGUGUAUCUUUUAAAAUGAUUUUAUGGUAUUAGUGGGAAAUACAUUCCUAUUCUAUUUCUAUUUUUAAAAAACAGACGUGUCCAGACCUUUCAUAUACCACUAUCGAUGCUUCACACCUUUCUCUUGUGCUCCCUCCUGGGGGCCCUUGUGGGGUGGACCCUCCUGCCCCCCCUCCCUCUGUCUCCUCCUCAUUUCAAGGAACCCUACAUUGUUGUACGUCUCGGGCCGUACCAAGUGCCACAGAAUGUGGGGGUGUAUUGAUUAGUCCGGCAGUUCAGCGGUUGGACAGCUCCUGUCUGUCCGUCUGACCAUGCACCUGGAGCCCGAGGCCCGGCCCGCAGCAACCGCGUUCCGUUCACAGUUCCAGGUCCGGAGGUUUUUGCCCAAGCCCCGCUGCAGUGCCGCUGGGCGAUUUAAUAAGAGAGGAGAGGAGAGAGAAGACAAGUAGCGCAGAACGCGCAGCGGGCGGACGGCCAUUGCCUUUUCCUUUUGCUGCUAAUAAAGAAAGCAGCAUCUCGGCUGUGCACCACCGGAAAAACAGACAGAGGGAACACCGCACCGAGACCCGCCUGGACCCGCUUCAUUGUCUGCGUUUGUCUCUUUGACUGCGUGGACUCUGUGCCAAGAUGUCUUUCUUCACCGUACUGUUGUUGCUGCCAGUCCUGUGCAGCAUCAUCAGCACCUCCAGCGCUGCAUCCUCAGUAUCCCGGAAGUGUGAGGACAGCUUGGCCACUCCUCUACCCUACAGCUCCUUCACCAGUUCAUCAGUGUAUGCGCGAGGAUAUGGAGCUGGUUACGCCAAACUCAAUCGGAAACAAGGCGCUGGAGGCUGGUCGCCCUUGGAUACAGACCGUUACCAGUGGUUGCAGGUGGACCUGGGUUCUAGGAAGCAGGUGGUUGCCAUAGUGACACAGGGUCGCUACAGUAGCUCUGAUUGGACAAGCAAGUACCGGCUGCUUUACAGUGACACAGAGACAAACUGGAGGCCUUAUCUACAGGAUGGAAACAUCUGGAUAUUUGAGGGGAACGUGAACAGCGAGGAUGUGGUUCGUCAUGAGCUGCAGCACGCCAUCCUGGCUCGCUACAUCCGCUUCAUCCCAGUGGACUGGAGCAGGGAGGGACGUAUCGGAGUUCGUCUGGAGCUCUACGGCUGCUCAUAUUGGGCUGACGUGAUCAGUUUUGACGGCCACGGCAUCAUCUCCUACCGCUUCAGGAGUAAAAAGAUGAAGAUUGUGAAGGAUGUCAUCUCUCUAAAGUUUCGAACCACGGCUGGAGAUGGGGUCCUGCUUCAUGGAGAGGGACAGCAGGGAGACUACAUUUCCCUGGAGCUCCGCAGGGCAAGACUGCAGCUCAGUAUCAACUUAGGCAGUAACCAGUACGGUUCCAUCCAGGGUCACACCUCUGUCACCAGCGGGAGCUUACUGGAUGAUGACCACUGGCACUCAGUUGUCAUAGAGCGUUACCGUAGGAAUGUCAACUUCACUUUGGACCACCACACUCAGCAGUUCAGGACCAAUGGCGAGUUUGACCAACUCGACCUGGACUAUGAGAUCAGUUUCGGAGGGCUGCCUGUGUCAGUGAAGCCGAGCUCAGGAGGCAGAGACAACUUUGUGGGCUGCAUGGAGGGAAUCACCUACAACGGAGAUAACAUCACUAACCUGGUCCGCAGAAAGAAGGUGGACACCUCCAGCUUUCGUAACCUGACGUUCACGUGCGCGGAGUCCAACUCAUUCUCCGUCUUCUUCAACUCCACGUCCUUCCUGCGGCUGCCAGGCCAGAGUGACGGCGACACUCUGUCAGUCAGUCUGUCGUUCAGGACCUGGAACCCAAACGGGCUGCUUAUAUUCACAGAGCUGGCUGACGGCUGGGUGGAGGUGGGCCUGACGGAGGGCAAGGUCACUGUCUACAUGAAUGUGACGCAGAAGAAGAGCACACGUAUUGACAUCUCGUCAGGUUCAGGUCUGAAUGAUGGCCUGUGGCACAGUGUCCAUCUGAACGCAUUAGAGAACUAUGCUAUGCUGACAGUGGAUGGAGACGAGGCAUCCACAGUGAGAACAGCCAUCCCCAUCCAGAUCCAGACUGGAGGAACCUACUACUUUGGAGGCUACUUCCUGCACACUAACACCCGCUCACAUCAGCGCUCCUUCCAGGGCUGCAUGCAGAUGAUCCACAUAGACGACCAUCUAGCUGACCUCAGGGCUGUGGAGCAGGGCCUCAUCGGAACCUUUGAAAAUGUCAGCCUGGAUAUGUGUGCCAUUAUAGACAGGUGUGUUCCUAACCACUGUGAGCACGGUGGUCGCUGUUCUCAGACGUGGGAUACAUUCAGCUGCAACUGUAGCGGCACUGGAUACAAUGGAGCUACCUGCCAUACCUCGAUGUAUCAGCAGUCCUGUGAGGAGUAUAAGCACCAGGGGAAGAGCUCAGGGAGCUAUUGGAUCGACCCAGAUGGCAGUGGAUCCAUCCCCCCCUUUAGGGUCAGCUGUGACAUGACAGAGGAAAAGGUUUGGACCACACUCAAGAACAACCUGUCUCCUCAGACAUCAGUCAGCAGUGCAGACCAGGAGGGAAAGGCAGUGCUGCAGAUCACUUACAAUGUGACUGAUGAACAGGUGUUGUCAGUCACCAGAAGUGCAGAGUACUGUGAACAGUAUGUAGCCUACGCCUGCCGAAUGUCUCGUCUGCUCAACACGCCAGAUGGCGUCCCGUUUACCUGGUGGCUAGGAAGAGCCAAUGAGAGGCAUUCUUACUGGGGAGGUUCAGGACCAGGGAUACAAAAAUGUUCCUGUGGUAUCGAACACAACUGUACUGACCCCAAACGAUUCUGCAACUGUGACGCUGACCUGCGCACCUGGAAGGAGGAUUCAGGCCUGCUGGUGUAUAAAGACCAUUUGCCAGUCAGUCAGGUUGUGAUCGGUGAUACAAGCAGAUCUGGAUCUGAGGCCAAACUGACAAUCGGGCCGCUAAAAUGCCAGGGAGACUGGAACUAUUGGAACGCAGCAUCCUUCACCAGCCCUGCCUCCUACCUCCACUUCCCUUCCUUCAGAGGAGAAACCAGCACUGACAUCUCCUUCUACUUUAAGACUUCAUCCACUCACGGAGUCUUUCUGGAGAACGUGGGAACCAUCGACUUCCUUCACAUUGAACUCAGAGGAGGCUCGGUGAUCUUCUUCUCUGUUGGCAUGGGGAGUGAGCGAGUGGAGCUCAGUGUCCGCUCGCCGGUGCCUCUGAACGAUGACCAAUGGCAUCGCGUAGAAGCUGAGAAGAACAUCAAGGAGGUGGUACUGCAGCUUGAUGGACAGUACAGAGAGGUCAGAGCUACCCCCCCACAGGGACUCACAAAACUGGAGUUCUACAGUGAGCUAUAUGUUGGUGCCUCGAGUGGGCAGAGGGGUUUCCUGGGCUGCAUGCGGGCUCUGAAGAUAAAUGGCAUGACCUUUGACCUUGAGGAGAGGGCAAAGGUGACUCCAGGGGUGAAUCCAGGCUGCCAGGGCCACUGCAGCAGCUACGGGAUGCACUGCAGGAAUGGAGGAAAGUGCGUGGAGCAGUACAGUGGAUACUCCUGUGACUGCUCCCUCACUGCGUACGAUGGACCCUUCUGCACCGAUGACGUGGGCGGCUACUUUGAGACAGGAACCUUGGUGCGCUACGACUUCCUGCCAGAGAGCAUAUCAGGCGUUGGUAUUCCUAGUGAUGCCAACCUGACUCAGGAGGAGCUGGUGUUCAGCUUCAGCACCUCCAGCGCUCCCAGCAUCCUGGUCUACAUCAGCUCGAGGACUCAGGACUAUCUGGCUGUGGUGCUCAGGCACAACGGCACUCUCCAGAUCCGCUACAGUCUUGGGGGUCUAACAGAACCUUACACCAUAGAUGUUGACCAUCGUAACAUGGCCAAUGGACAGCCACACUCUGUCAACAUAACUAGGAACUUACGGGAGAUACGACUACAGCUGGACCACUACCCAGUGUCCAUGUACACCCUACCUGAGGCCUCCGACACCCAGUUCAACUCGGUCAAAAGUAUCUUUCUAGGAAAGGUCUUUGAAACAGGACAGAUUGACCCCAUCCUGAUUGAGCGCUACAACACGCCGGGCUUUGUGGGAUGUCUGUCAAGAGUUCAGCUGAACAGUGUGGCACCCUUAAAAGCUGCCUUGCGCUCGGGCCUGGGAUCACCCGUCAGUACCCAUGGGAUUCUGGUCCCGUCCAACUGUGGAGCCUCACCUUUGACCAUCUCCCCCAUGGCCUCUGCUAGUGACCCCUGGCACAUAGAAGCUGCUGGAGCUGUUUCCCCCCUCAACGACGACAAGGCCAGUGGCGAUGGAGUGGAUCGCAACUCUGCCAUAAUUGGAGGCAUCAUCUCCAUAGUGAUCUUCACCGCCCUCUGCAUCAUGGUGUUUGUGAUACGUCACAUGUUCCGUCAUAAAGGCUCCUACCACACCAAUGAGGCCAAGGGAGCGGAGUCAGCAGACUGUGCUGACGCAGCGAUCAUCGUCAACGACCCAGCCUUCACCGAAACCAUCGAUGAGAGCAAGAAGGAGUGGUUCAUCUGAGCCCCUCUCAACAACACGGACACAUGACGUUAGGAUGUAUGUAGUUUUCUAAGCAUAGGGAAUAGUAGUGAGGUCGCCACCCGUGGAACCUCGAGGAUGUACUGAGCGGUUUAUUCAAAAACUUUAUGGACAAUGGACACCAUGGCGUUACAGCGUGGGUAUUAAAGCACAGGGCACGGUGCUGCCUGGCAGAGCCCGUGUGGAGAUGUGGAGCGAUUUAUUUUUUAACUUUAUUUACAAUGGACAGUGUGACAGGAUGAAUGCCUUCAGAUGGGGUAGAGGAUGGUGCCAUGUAGUUACAGGCCUUGGAUGAGUGAGUGUGUUCAUUAGCUUUUAUUUUAAUAUUUCUUUAUAUAUUUUUAUUUGAUUUGAUUUCAGUUUAACUUAUGUAAUUUAUUUAUUUAUUCAUAUUUAUUAAUAUUUAAGUCAUAUAUUUUUCAUGAAAGUUCUUUGUUUGCGUUUAUUUAUUUUUAUAGAUUCAUAUAUUGAUGCCUUUUGUUUGUUAAUGGUAAUGAUCAUUAAUUUAUUGUUCAUUUUAUAAUCCUCCACAUCUGUAGCAAUGCUCAUAAAUUCAAGUUUUUCAGAUAUUUUUUAAAUAUCAAAUCUCUGUUGAUUUGCCUUAUUUUACAUUCAUUUCAGUAAAGUUUAAUUUUAGCCUGAAAACUUUGAUGUGUGUGUGUGUGUGUGUGUGUUUGACCGCCUUGCUUGUCUGCAAAGCAGAUGUAGCCAUGAGUUUGGUGCAUCAUUUGGACUAAGAACCAGGGGGAAAAGCAAACGUCCCACUUUUAUUUCUUUGUGCAUCUACAGAACUGACAGUGUCUCUUAAUGGCUUUUGAGCAUAGAUUGUUAAAAUUAUUAAUGAUCUUUUUUUUGUACUGUUUUUGCUGCCAAAUGUGUUCACGGGGAGUUCAGCUUUAGAAGAACGAACUCAGUCCUGUCAGUCCACUAGAGCUCGACUAACUGUGUUUAGAUUUCUGAGGCAUUUGUUGUCUUUUGUUAGCAACGCCAGCUUAGAUGAUGCAAAAACCUUUGUCUAAAAGUGACACCACUAAUUGCUGUUUAAGGAAAACUACAACAUUUUGGAAAUCUUCUUGUAUGCCAUCUAACCCACAGUCAGAUAAGAUUAGGUUCAGUCUCGGUGCAUCCAGUGCAGAGACAGGUAAAUAUGUUCUGGACAUGUCUCUGUGCUGGAUGAGAGAUGAUAAAAUUAGAUAAUAGUAUAGUAAUAGAUAAAAUAGAUAAACAGUAGAAAUAGAUUCUGAUCAUCUCAUCUAAUUCUGUGCAAGAUUGAAAAUAACAAGCAGAAGAUGUAACCAGCCAAAAUGCUUGUUUCUCUUUCCUUGAAAAGGGACACAAAGUAUCCCCCCUCUACUGGCAGCAUGUUAGGAAUUUAGCUACUGAGAAAUUAUUUUCUUUUAAAGUUGUAUUUUGGAAAGAGAGAUUCGCCAGUGUUAGUUAUAUUAGUUCAGGCUUAGUGAAUUUGGGCUUAAGAUAGUAUGAUGAUGUGGCCAUGCUGAGAACUGAUGUCUAUACAAACUCUUUGCUAAUUCUUCAGAUGGGCUGAAAGGACUGUUAGUUCAGGAUUCUUCUAAAACCUGAGCUUUGUCUUGAGUUUUAUGAAGUAGGAUGAUGUUUCUGGAAAAGAAUGUUACUCACAUACAAAACUAUGGCUUACAUCCUGACAUUUGAUUGUAUUGCAUUUGUAUUCCUUUGACUGCACUGCAGAGUAAUGGCAUGCUGUUUGACACUGAAUGACACACGUUUCUUUUUGAUAAGCCACUGUAGCAUCAUUUUGCUUUUUCUUCAUGUUAUAUGUAUAAAACUUUACCUAACAGUUGUUUUUUAUA